UGGCACUUUUUAAUAAUAAAUGGUUGGCAGCACUGGGCCUUUUAGUUUUCUAUGCGCAUCUGUGGGCAUUGUGCACGUGCAUCGUGUGCUCGUGCGUGAAAUGGAACGCACUCUAUAUCGCUAUCACGUUGUAUAAGUUAGGAUGUUUAAUAACGUGAGGAGAUGUUUGAUAAUCUCAAUUAGGAUUCCUAAAAAAUUUUUGAUUUCAUUCCACAAAGGUGUCUUGUUGCCUGUAACACUUUCUCACGCGAACGCUCAGCAUUCGUAUAAUAAUAAUGCGGCUUAUAAACGAUUUUAUUGUCAUUCUCUGACCAACAAGAAAAUUUUAACAAGUACCGAAAUAAGAGAUCAAAGACAAAAGUUGGAUGAACAAAAAUUCGAAGAUUUUCUCUCCGAUCCUCAGAAUAAGAAGCGCUUUCAGAUAUUAGAAUUAGAAGUGGAUGUCUUGCGGCACAGUAACGAAAGGGUUCCUAAGAAUAUUGAGCCAGCAAAAUGGUUGAAGCUGUUAAGCAUGAAGGCCAAGUCAUCAAGAAGAAAGUUUCUUGAAUUUUUGUGGCGUUGUGAAAUAUCAAAUGAAAAUAAAAAAGCAAAAAAAGAGUUGAAAAGGGCAGAAUGGCUAACUAAGAAAGAAGAACAAACUGAGGACACUGGUGAAAUGAAAUAUGGGCUCUCACAUAAUACAUUGUUUAUGCGUAUAUAUGAACAAACUAUGAACCGAUUUUACAAUGGCAGAAUAAUCAUGAACAUGAUGUUUGAACCAAAGAUAGUGUUUGAUUGUGGUUAUGAAAAUGAUAUGAAUGAUCGGGAGUUACACAAUUGUGCCAAGCAGAUAUCUCUUGCAUUUGCUAGUAAUCGCAGUCAUGUUAAUGCCAUGACUAUUUAUUUCUGUAAUUUUAAUAAAGAUGGAUUACUCAGGCAAUAUCUUGAACAAAACAUACCUACUUUGUUGAGUGAUGAUUUUCCAGCAGUGAUAACGUCACAAUCAUAUUUAGAUAUAUUUCCAAAGAAUGAGUUAGUAUAUCUCACUCCACAUUGCAGAGUAAAUCUAACCGAAUACAAUCCAAAUAUGACCUACAUCAUUGGUGGACUAGUAGACAAGAAUUUACCACAACCAUUGUCUUUGGCAAAGGCUAAGAAAGAAGGCAUCCAAAUGGCUAAAUUUCCUAUAGAUCAGUAUCUUGACUGGGGUGCUAGCUCAUCCAAAAGUCUUACGCUCGACCAGACGAUCAAGAUAAUGUUAGACUUGAGACAAACUGGAGAUUGGAAAAAAGCAUUACAGAAUGUACCAACUAGAAAAUUAAGAUCUGCCAGAGAAAAUAGAUUGCAAUACAAAAUGCAAAAGUUUAUGUCUCCAGAGAGAAUACAGCAAUCUGAAUUAGAUUUUACAUUUCAAAGAAGGAAAAUGAAAUAACUCUUUAAUUCUUGUAUAUAUUAGAUUACAGCAAGAAUUAUACAAAACUAAUAUUGAAAAGAAGAAGCUUGUUAAUUAUUUUGUUAUGUAUUGUAAUUAUUCCAAAAAUUAAAAUUUAUCUUAAAACUAAAAAAAAA